AUGGAGCAAGAAUUACCUUUACAAUCCGAUUCAAAUACAAAAACCAAUCGAGAAACAAAUCAUGUAAUGUUAUCACAUCCUUGGAUUCGUCUACUCUUAAUUGGAACUACUGUAAAAUCAAUUUUGGGACUUAUCAUAUUAUUCCUUCUACUUAUUGUAUCUAUUGUUGUACUUGCUGUUGGUUGUCUUUUUCGACAGUCACAACAUUGUUUGAUUGAACCUAGACUAAGUCUAUUUUUAAUUAUUGCUGGAAUUGGAUCAAUAGAAUGGAUUAUUCUUAGUAUUAUUCUUUCGACAAUUACAAUUGUACUACCAUAUAUUCGAUCAUUUUUCUUAGCUGUUUUUAUCAUUUUUAUUGCAUCGAUAAUACUUAUUAUUAAUCUUUUCUUGUUUGUUUGGGUAAUAUGCGGUAGUGUAUGGACACUACAAGUUUUAGAUACAGUUCAAUAUAAAACACCAGAUAAAAAUACAUAUUGUCAACGAACAUUGCAUCAUUUUACUUUAGGAUAUUUAAUUCUAACAUAUGUUUUAACUGCUUUACAAUGUUUAAAUGAUUUUUUUAAUGUAAUGGAUGAUAAACGUGCUGUAAGUGUUGUUGAUGAAUCUAAUGUUGGUGAACAAAGAUGUGCUGAUAAAGAAGUUUUUUUUAUUUGUUGGUGGUGUUAA